AUGGAGAUAGAGAUGGAGAUGGACACGGAGAUGGAGGCCGAGGUGGAGAUGGAGACGGAUCCCAAUCCCAAUCCUAAUACUUCCCCCUCGGCCGCCGACGACGCCACCGCCACCGCCACCGCCUCAGGCGAGGCCAAGGCCUGCGCCGACUGCCACACCACCAAGACGCCGCUCUGGCGCGGAGGACCCGAGGGACCCAAGUCGCUCUGCAACGCCUGCGGCAUCCGCUACCGCAAGAGGAGGAGGCAGGCGCUCGGUCUCGACGCCGUCGCUGACUCACAGCAAGAUCAGCAGCAGCCAAAGAAGAAGGCCACCGCCGAUCCGCAGCAGCAGGAUCAGCAUCACCUGAGAAAGAAGACAGCCGCGGCCGCCGAUCCACAGCAGGAUCAGCAUCAGCUGAGAAAGAAGGCAGCUGCCGCUGCCACCGAUCCACAGCAGCAGGAUAGAAAGAAGGUCGCCGCCGCCGCCAGCAGCACCAACAAGAAAGACAAAGACAAGGAGGACAGCAAGAAGAAGAAGGAUCAGCAAGUCACCGUGGAGCUCCGCGUGGUGGGGUUCGGCAAGGAGGUGAUGCUCAAGCAGCGCCGCCGGAUGCGCCGCAAGAAGUGCAUGAGCGAGGAGGAGAGGGCCGCCGCCCUCCUUAUGGCGCUCUCAUCGGGCGUCAUCUACGCCUCAUGA